AUAGUCAAAACUCAGAUAUAUGUUUGCAAGGUGUUUGCUGUUAUGCUUGAGACGAAUUUAAUAUAAGGGAUUGUAAUGAGCAUGAGGGAGGAAAUGUUAUGGAUGGUGAGAAAAUUAUGAGGGAAAAGCGGAGAAAAUGCACUCGCCUUGUGCUGGAGAAGCAUCAACACCGUGCUUUAAUGGCUGUUUUUCCUCUUCUUUUCUUGCUUCUGAGGAGUCUCAUGCUGAUACAUCUGUGAAUGAAAUCAGAUCAGGCUAUGAUUUUGUGGCAGUUACUUGUUCAACUCUUCAUCCAAAUGCCCAAUUCACCAAUCAUGAGGCUCUUCCUUCUCUGCACGAGUCAUAUUUGAAUUUCACAAAAGCUUAUCCUCUAUAUUCCAACACUCUUAAGGCUGAUCAGAUAAGAGCUCAAGAGUAUUAUCACUUGAAUUUCUCUAACCUCUGCUUUGAUUAUACUGGAUACGGCCUUUUCUCCUAUGCUCAGCAGCAACAAUCCUGGCCUGGGACUUCAAUGGCUGCUUCUUCGUCAUCUCAUCAUCCUCCACUAAUUCCUUUAGAACUUCCAUUCUUUGAUAUUUCUUACAAGUCUGUGAAUUUGCAUUCCCAGGUAGUUUACGGUGGCGAGGAAUCAGAACUAGAGACCAGUAUCAGAGAAAGAAUUAUGGCAUUUAUGAAUUUCUCUGAAGAUGAUUACUCUCUGGUAUUCACUGCCAAUCACACAUGUGCUUUUAAGCUUCUUGCAGAUUCUUUCCAAUUCACACCUAAUGGAAACCUCCUCACCGUCUAUGAUCACAAAAGCGAUUCAUUAGAUGAGAUGACCAAGAGCUGUAACAAGCAAGGAAUAAAUAUUAUGUCAGCAGAAUUCUCGUGGCCUGAUCUCCGAAUCAACAUGAAGAAACUAAGGAAGAUGAUGCUGGGCAAAAGGGAUAAGAAAAAAAGAGGCCUUUUUGUUUUCCCAGUUCACUCCAGAGUCACUGGAUCACCAUAUUCAUACAUGUGGAUGUCCAUGGCUCAAGAAAAUGGUUGGCAUGUAUUGCUUGAUGCUUGUGCAUUAGCACCUAAAGAAAUAAACACUUUAGGACUCUCUCUGUUCAAACCUGAUUUUCUUGUUUGCUCAUUUUACAAAAUUUAUGGAGAAAACCCUUCUGGAUUUGGCUGUUUAUUUGUCAAGAAAUCUAGCAUCUCUGCUUUAAACGAUUCACCAAAUGCCACCAGCAUCGGAAUUGUGAGCCUCAUCCCAGCAUUGAGAAAACCAGAAACCAUUUCUGAUGAACAAGAAAUUGUGUCUGAACACCAAUCAGAGCCAAAACCAAGCAAAAGUCUUGAAACUUGUGGCAGAUUAGAAGUAGAAUUGAAAGGAUUGGAUCAUGCAGACGAAGUGGGGUUGGUAGGAAUCAGUAGCAGGGGAAGGUAUCUGGUGAACUGGGUAAUUCGUGCACUUAUGAGUCUGCAACAUCCAAGCUCAGAAACAGGGUUUCCACUGUUAAAGAUCUAUGGAUCGAAGAUAAACCCUCACAGAGGGCAUGCGAUUGCAUUCAAUGUAUUUGAUUGGAAAGGAGAAAAGAUUGAUCCAUUUCUUGUGCAGAAACUAGCUGACCGGAACAACAUAUCUUUGAGUAAUGCGAUUCUGCAGAACGUGAAGAUGAAUGAACAAGACUGGUGUGAAGUGAAUGGUGUGGGGCAACCUAGGAAGAAGACCAUGAUGAUGACGAAACAGGAUUGUGGGAUCUCAGUUUUGACGGCUUCAUUAAAUUUCUUGACAAAUUUUGAAGAUGUGUACAAGCUCUGGUCAUUUCUUUCCAGGUUCUUGGAUGCAGAUUUUGUGGAGAAAGAAAGAUGGAGGUACAUGGCUCUCAAUCAAGAAACUCUUGAAGUUUGAACGACAUAUUGUUUGGGGUAAGAUUUUCCUGCUGACCAAUUUUUGAUAAAAACAUGAGAUGUAAAUGAUUUUUUUUUUUAAUACAUUCAAUUACAUGAGGCUGAA